AUGAAAAGAAAGCUUUCAGCAGCUUCCGAAGGUGAGUCUAUCCAUAACUCCGAACAAGAAGAAGAAAUGAAAAACAAGCAAAAGAAAACUACAACUGCAUCAUCAUCACCUCAAAAAAGAACACCCGAGGAGGAAAAGGCUCAUCAAGAAUAUUUGGAAAAACUCAACAUUAUUGAUCAUUUGAAUCCUGAUUACAGCUCUCCAGAAGGAGUUCAAAAGUGUAAGCAAGCCUUCAAAGAGAAUAAGCCAUUUCCUCAUUUGCACUUGAAGAACUUUUUCAAUGAUGUCGAAUUUAUGAAAGAUGUAAAACAAGAAACAUUCUCCCUUAAAUAUUGGGAAAAGGACAACGACUUGUAUCACUUCCUUCAGACAAAAGAUCUUCAAAAGAAUGCAAUUGUUGAACAGAAUGAGCAUAUUCGUAAAUUGAGAGAUGUUCUCUAUAGUCCAAGUUUUAGAGAAUGGCUCGAGGAUGUUUGUUCUUUGAAGGAACGUGGAAUUGUCUUGAACCCAACCAUUGAUAUGUUUGUGUCGUGUUACAGAGAUACCCAUCACUUGUUGUGCCACGAUGACGAAUUGGAAAAGAGAAGAAUUGCCUACAUUAUAUAUUUGGUUCCAGAGGAUUGGACGGAGGCUGAUGGAGGACAUUUGGAUCUCUAUAAUUGUGAUCCGAACCAGAUGGAUCAGCCAGUGAGUAUUGGUGCCUCCAUUCUGCCUUCUUUCAAUUCAAUUUCCUUCUUUGAGGUUUCCACUGUUUCUUACCACAGAGUUCGUGAAGUAUUGAGAAGUGUGGAUCUUGAGGAUGAUCGUAUUGCUAUCACUGGAUGGCUCUAUAGUGACACUCUUGUCGAAAGACCAGAUUAUACCAUUGAAGAUAUUGCUCCAUUGAAAUAUGACGCCCCAACUAAGGUAGCUGAUCUCGACUCUAAACCAGCACAUAUGGAUUUAGGUUACUGGUUUUCCGAGCCAUAUUUACAGCAAAAUAUUAGAGAGGCAAUUAAUAAGCAAUUUUGCGAGGAGUCAUCUAUUGAGCUCAGAAAGUUUUUGAAUGAGGAAAAAUUCAACAAACUCUACGAGGAAAUUAAGACAUUACAAAAUGAUCAACAUUUUGAGUUGACUAUUCCUGCGAAUAGAAGACACUUUUUGAGAUUGAAAAAGGAUAAUCUCGACAAUAAUUCCUUGUUGGCCAAGUUCUAUGAGUUUGUCUCUUCCGAAAUCUUCACCUCAUACAUUAGUGAAGUCACAUCGUUGCCAAUUAAGAAUAUCAAUUUACAAGCAAGAAAGUUCCGAAAUGGUGAUUAUGCUCUCGUACAAAACACACCAACCAAUGAGGUCCGUCUAGAUGUUUUGAUUCGAUUGUGUCCAGACAACUGGGACUUUGAGUAUGGAGGUGGUGUCACCUAUAUGGACGAGGAAGAGGAAUUGUUAGCAAUUUUACCUGAACCAAACACAAUCUCCAUUGUUUUACGUGAUGAGGGUGUUCAAACCUUUGUGAAAUUUUUGACUCAUCAUGCUCCGGGUGAUGUCUAUGAUUUCUUACUGACCUGUGAAACUGAAAUUCCAGCAGCCAGUGAGGGUGAUGAAGGUUCUUGGGAAGAUGCCGACGAUGAUGGAGAGGGUGAAGAAGAGGGUGAAGCUGAGGAAGAGAAUGAGUAA